CAUAAAUCCGGCUUCCCUGUUCCUGUUUCCACCGGUAUAAACCGGUCUUAUCAGAUGAAGGUAGAAGGUGUGUGAGCUGAUGUGAAUCCAGCAGCAUGGAUCAGUGUGAGGACAGAGAGGAGGGAGUCCUUCCCUCCAAAACCUCCCCGAGGGGAAAACCUGAGAGAGAAGAAGAGAGGAGACCUGGACCUGGACCUGGUCCCAGUUGUGUGUCCUUAAAGAGUGACGGAUCAAAGGGUUUACCUAUCUAUUUUAAAGAGUCUGCUGGUUUUCCUUCAGAGAGGAAACAACCUGGACCUGAAUCUGGAUCUGAACCUGGACCUGGACCCAGCUGUGUGUCCUUGAAGAGUGACGGAUCAAAGGGUUUACCUAUCUAUUUUAAAGAGUCUCCUGGUUUUCCUUCAGACGAAGUGGACCAGGAGAUCUCAGAGUCCCCCAGCGGUCCGUCUGUCCAGCAGCACCAGACCCAGCUGGACUCCGUCUUUCAGCUGCUGGAGGACGACAUCGUCAUGUUUGUGAAGGACGAGCUGAAGAAGAUCCAGAAGGUUCUGAGUCCAGAUUACCCAGAAUCCUCAGAGAGUCUGGAGGAGGAUGAAGAUGAGGAGCAGAAGAGCAUCAGAGAGACAUUCAUGAAGAUCACAGUGAAGUUCUUGAGGAGGAGGAAGCAGGAGAAGCUGGCCGACCUCCUGCAGAGCAAGACAGUCGCUGCCGUUUGUCAAUCCAAACUCAAAGUUCAGCUGCAGAAGAAGCACCAGCAUGUGUUUGAGGGAAUCAUUAAAGCAGGAAAUAAAAUCCUUCUGGAGCAGAUCUACACAGAGCUCUACAUCACAGAGGGAGGGACCGGAGAGGUCAACAAUGAACAUGAAGUCAGACAGAUUGAAGCAGCUUCCAGGAAACCAGACGGAGCAGAAACAUCCAUCAGACAGGAAGACAUCUUUAAACCCCCACCUGGAAGAGGAGGACCAAUCAGAACGGUGAUGACGAAGGGAGUGGCCGGCAUCGGGAAAACAGUCCUAACACAGAAGUUCAGUCUGGACUGGGCUGAAGGCAGAACCAACCAGGACAUCCAGUUCCUGCUUCCAUUCACCUUCAGACAGCUGAAUGUGCUGAAAGACAGAAAGUUCAGCUUGGUGGAACUAGUUCAUGGAUUCUUCUCUGAAACCAAAGGAAUCUGCAGCUUUGAAGAGUUCCAGGUCGCGUUCAUCUUUGACGGUCUGGAUGAGAGUCGACUUCCUCUGGACUUCCACAACAAUGAGGUCCUGACCGAUGUUACAGAGUCCACCUCAGUGGACGUGCUGCUGACAAACCUCAUCAGGGGGAACCUGCUUCCUUCUGCUCGUCUCUGGAUCACCACACGACCCGCAGCAGCCAAUCAGAUCCCUCCUUACUGUGUUGACAUGGUGACGGAGGUCAGAGGGUUCACUGACCCACAGAAGGAGGAAUACUUCAGGAAGAGGUUCAGAGAAGAGGAGAAGACCAGCAGGAUCAUCUCCCACAUCAAGACAUCACGGAGCCUCCACAUCAUGUGCCACAUCCCAGUCUUCUGCUGGAUCACUGCUACGGUCCUGGAGAACGUCCUGGAAACCAGAGAGGGAGGGGAGCUGCCCAAGACCCUGACUGAGAUGUUCAUCCACUUCCUGGUGGUCCAGGCCAAACUGAAGAAGGCCAAGUAUGACGGAGGAGCUGAGACGGAUCCACACUGGAGUCCAGAGAGCAGGAAGAUGGUGGAGUCUCUGGGAAAACUGGCUUUUGAGCAGCUGCAGAAAGGAAACCUGAUCUUCUAUGAACCAGACCUGAGAGAGUGUGGCAUCGAUGUCAGAGAGGCUUCAGUUUACUCAGGAGUGUUCACCCAGAUCUUUAGAGAGGAGAGCAGCCUGUACCAGGACCAGGUCUUCUGCUUCAUCCAUCUGAGUGUCCAGGAGUUUCUGGCUGCUCUGUAUGUCCGUCUGUCCUUCAUCAAGUCUCGAGUCAACAUGCUGGAAGAUCAACCAACAACUCACCAUUCUUCAAACAGUUUCUAUCAGAGUGCUGUGGACAAGGCCUUACAGAGUCCCAACGGACACCUGGACUUGUUCCUCCGCUUCCUCCUGGGUCUUUCACUGGAGACCAAUCAGAACCUCCUACGAGGUCUGAAGACAUCAACCCAAAGAAGUUCACAGGACAAUCAGGAAACAGUUAAAUACAUCAAGAAGAAGAUCAGUGAGGAUCUGUCUGCAGAGAGAAGCAUCAACCUGUUCCACUGUCUGAAUGAACUGAACAAUCAGUCUCUGGUGGAGGAGGUCCAACGGUCCCUGACGUCAGGACGACUCUCCACAGAUGAACUGUCUCCUGCUCAGUGGUCGGCUCUGGCCUUCAUCUUACUGUCAUCAGGAGAUCUGGAGGUGUUUGACCUGAAGAAGUUCUCAGCUUCAGAGGAGGCUCUACGGAGGCUGCUGCCGGUGGUCAAAGCCUCCAAGAAAGUUCUACUGAGUGGCUGUAACCUCUCAGAGGACAUCUGUCCACUUCUGUCCUCAGUUCUCAGCUCUCAGUCCUCCAGUCUGACAGAACUGGACCUGAGCAACAACGACCUGCAGGAUUCUGGACUGAAGCAGCUGUGUCCUGGACUGGAGAGUCCACACUGCAAACUGGAGUCUCUCAGGCUGUCAGGCUGUCUGAUCUCAGAGGAAGGAAGUGCUUUUCUGGUCUCAGCUCUGACCUCCAACCCCUCCCACCUGAGAGAGCUGGACCUGAGCAACAACGACCUGCAGGAUUCUGGACUGGAGCAGCUGUGUCCUGGACUGGAGAGUCCACACUGUCACCUGGAGUCUCUCAGGCUGUCAGGCUGUCUGAUCUCAGAGGAAGGAAGUUCUUCUCUGGUCUCAGCUCUGACCUCCAACCCCUCCCACCUGAGAGAGCUGGACCUGAGCUACAACCAUCCAGGGGAGUCAGCAGGGAAACUUCUGUCUGGACUGGAGGAUCCCCGCUGGAGACUGGACAUUCUCAGGGUGGAGCCUGCUGGACAACGAUGGCUGACACCAGGUCUGAGGAAGUAUUCCUGUCAACUCACCGUCGACACAAACACAGUCCACAACUACAUCAAACUGUCUGACAACAACAGGAAGAUGACGUGUGUGAAGGAGGAUCAGUCAUAUCCUGAUCAUCCAGACAGGUUUGAUGAUGAUGAUCUUCCUCAGCUGCUGUGUAGAGAAGUUCUGACGGGUCGCUGUUACUGGGAGGUCCAGUGGAGUGAACAUGUUUCUGUAUCAGUGAGUUACAGAAGAAUCAGCAGGAAAGGAAACUCUGGUGACUGUUGGUUUGGAGGAAACGAUCAUUCCUGGAGUCUGGACUGUUAUCCAGGCGGUCGGUACCAAGUCUGGCACAAUAACAGAGAAACAUCCGUCACCUCCUCAUCUUCAUCUUCAUACUCUGGCAUAGCAGCAGUUUACGUGGACGUUCCUGCUGGAACUCUGUCCUUCUAUGAAGUCUCUGUCUCUGACAGACUGAUCCACCUCCACACCUUCAACACCAGCUUCACUGAACCUCUCUGUGCUGGAUUUGGACUCAGGUCCUGGUCCUGGUGUGGUUCUGAGUCCUCAGUGUCUCUGGGUCCACUUUAGUCUCCAGAGUCUCCUGUCAGAGAAACUGUCUCUGUUGGAUCCUGGACUUGGACUCUGGUUGUGGUUCCUCAGUGUCUCCAUGAUGAUGAUGAUGAUGAUGAUGAUGACGAUGAUGAUGAUGAUGAUGAUGAUGAUGAUGAUGACGAUGACGAUGAUGAUGAUGAUGAUGAUGAUGAUGACGAUGAUGAUGAUGAUGAUGAUGAUGAUGAUGACGAUGAUGAUGAUGAUCAUUUAUCUUUAGUUUUUUGGUGUAUUGUAUUUUUAUUUGAUCUUUCCACAAUUAAACAUUAAAUACUUUACUGAAUGAUUAAUCAUAAAUUAGAUUUUUAUCUCAUUAUUCUUGUUUUAUUCUUGAUUCUGUCUACAAAUGUUUUUAUCUUUGACUUCACAUUUAGAUUCUUAAAGUCUUGUUUGUUCCCUGAAAGAAAGUUUGAGCUUCAAAUCUAAACAUUUCCAUUUUACAUUCAACUUUUCCAGUUUGUACAACAUUUGAUUGAUUUAUCUGAUUGUUUUAAUUUGAUUCCUUCAGUUUUCAGUUGUUUAAAUUGUUGAUGUAAAAAUUAAGUGAGAAAAUGGCAAUAUUCAUGAAACAUCCAACAUGUAAAAACAUCAGCAACAUGUUUAAAAGUAUUCGAGUACUCUUGAAACCAGUUUUUUAAGGAAAAGUUUAUUUACUGCAACUUUAAAAACAUGAGGUACAUAUCCUAAGUUUAGGGAUAAGUUGAUCUGGUCCAGUAUUGUCGUACCAGUAAGAGAAAAAAUAUGUACAUAUUUCUGUGCAAAACAUGUUUAGAUAAAUGUAAAUUACCCUUUAUGUUGCAUGUACUUGGCAAACAUCAGAAU